GCCAAAGAAAAACUCAACAGGAAAGAUGCAUUAUAAUUAAAUAUGGUUGCAUGGCAUUUGAGCAUUGGCGCACAGUCAUGGACAUCUCUACUGGUCUGAACAGAAUCAUUGUGACCUAUCCGUUUACCACCUACACUCCAUUUGACCCGUAAAAUUCGAUUUGUUUCUCCUCGGAAGUCUAUUUUCAUUUUGGAGCGUUUCCCUUGCUCGGUCUGCUUCAGGGACUGGAUGUGGAUUGUUUUUGUCCAACUCGUGCGUCCACCCAAUUUGCACAGGCCCUUCCAAAUGAGAGUGCUAGCCUAUGACUUCAAGUUGCCAAUGGCACCGUCUCUUUUACCGGAUCGGAUGUAAAAUUCGUUUUCCAUCGCAAUUGGUUGGUCACAGCAAAACUGUUUGACGAGCGAAACAAUUGCUUUUGUCAUCUGCGCACAGCAAUACAUUCAAUAAUCACGGUCUGUGAUGAAUGAUUUUUAAUGUAUUAUGAUGACGUUUUGUUUUUGUUUUAGAUGAACGCGAAUUCUGCAGACGAUGACCCCGACAGCAUGGUCAGCUGGCACUGGGCGCGUGGUUGAAGACGAGAGACAGCCUGCAGUUGCUCCUCUCCAAAGAGUCAGUUCAAAGGAGCAAUGUCGCGGUUGCUCAGCGUCGCGGGGGCGCGGUCCCGCAGGGCAGCGGAGGAAGAAAGCAAGGAGCCCCCGCCGCCCCCGCCCCCCUCUCACCAUUCCAAUCAUCAGUUUGCAAGCAUGAAGAACAAGUUCUUCAACGAGCUCACGCACUUGCCGAAUCAUAAACUCAACAUGCCCAUGUGGGCAGUGGGUGCCAUCGUGGUGGUCGUCCUCACGCUCGUUGCCUGUAUGGGAUUCUGCAUCUACAAGAAAUGCUUCAACAAGGGCAAGAAGCCCAAGAAGGUCAGAGAAAGGAAGGCUGGGCGAGGACGUAAGAAGAAGGAAACGGAAGGAGAGGAGGGAGACGAAAAGAAGGAAGGAGAGGAAGGGAAAGAGGAGGAGGAGAAAGAAAACUUUGGCAAACUGGAGUACACUUUGGAUUAUAACUUCACCGAUAACCAGCUGAUAGUAGGCAUCCUGCAGGCUCAGGACCUGGCAGCCAUGGACAUGGGCGGGACUUCGGACCCCUACGUUAAAGUCUACAUGUUGCCGGACAAGAAGAAAAAAUUUGAGACCAAAGUCCAGCGCAAGAACCUCUGUCCUGUUUUCAAUGAGACUUUCAUCUUCAAGAUACCCUACACGGAGUUGGGCGGUCAGACGCUGGUGCUGCAGGUGUUCGAUUUUGACCGCUUUGGCAAACACGACGUCAUCGGUGAGAUCAAGAUUCCCAUGAACACCGUGGACCUCGGCCAGCCCAUCCACGAAUGGAGGGAUCUGAUUGGAGGAGAGAAAGAGGAGCAAGAGAAGCUUGGAGACAUCUGCAUUUCCCUCCGCUACGUCCCGACUGCUGGCAAGCUAACUGUGAACAUCAUGGAAGCCAAGAACCUGAAAAAGAUGGACGUUGGAGGACUGUCUGAUCCGUUUGUUAAAGUGGUUCUUCAGCACAACGGAAAGCGGCUGAAGAAGAAAAAGACAUCGGUGAAACAAAACACCCUGAAUCCAUACUUCAAUGAGAGCUUCAGCUUUGAGAUCCCCUUCUCCCAGAUCCAGAAAGUGCAGGUGAUCAUCACGGUGUACGACUACGACAAACUGGGAAGUAACGACCCCAUCGGCAAGUGCUGGAUCGGCUACGGCGCUUCUGGCGUGGGGCUGCGCCACUGGUCCGACAUGUUGGCCAAUCCCCGCCGUCCGGUGGCUCAGUGGCACGUCUUGCAGCCGGAGGAGGAGGUCGACGCUGCUCUCAAGGCUCCCAUCCGCUAAACAAAACUGCACACGGACACUCGAGGGCUCUAUUUUCGUGGACGCAAAUGCCGGCGGGUCCUGAUUUUUGUGCGGGGUUUGCCAAGUUGGCAGGACCGCUCUACGCGCAUUCCGCCGCAGCGAGCAAGUGCCCUCGGAGAUUCGCUUGACAAUCCGCUGCCAGAAAGUUGAGCUAAAUUUACACCUACUUGGACCACGUCUAAAUACUGGCGCCGCAUUUAAAGGGAAUGAGCGGAGUCGCCUUGACUGGCGGCAACCUAAGUCGGCGCUCCCACAGCGGUGCAGCCUUCCCACCUGCAGAUCCGCCAGGCUGUGCUCAUUCUCGAAAUAUCCCAAACCGUUCUAAGCCACCUCUGGUGCGCAGAUGUGCCCGGCGCCAAGACCACCCCCAGGAUUGACAAUGUUCAUGAAAAUAGGGCCCCAACGUAUUAAUCUACGGGCUUGCAAAAGUAUUCCCACCCCUUGAACUUUUCCACAUUUUGUCAUGAACCAAAACAAAAAGCAAUUUAUUGGGAUGUAUUCCACAGACACGUCUGAGCAGACCAGUGUUAGUAUUGUGAUGUACAUUUUGAUCAUGUACUCUAUUGUAAAGAAAAGCAAGGUCUUUGCAAAUGAGUUUUCGCUGCAUUUUUGCUUGCAGAAGAGAAAACCUUCCUGUGUUGU